ACUUCGUCAUCGUUACUAAGCAACAGAAAGAACGCUAUCCGCUCCAGCUGAGCCAACUUUCAAAAUAGCCACCUACCUAGGCUAAUUAGUAAGUAAAAAUAUUCUCAUGCAAAACAAUUUAAUCCAAAAUGUCUUCUACUUCAACAUUUUCCACUUUCCAAGAUAUCGGGAAGCAAACGACGCCCCAGUGUUCCUCUGGGUCACCCUCUUGCUAUCCUCAUGAGUCCGUGACACAGGAGACCACUGAUGCGCAACCAUUUCCUGCUGCGGUUCAUCAGCCGUGUGCAGACACGUUUUCAACCUGCGAGGAAGAGAAGGAGGAGAAGACAAUGGAGAAAAACGAUGGUGUGUUGACUGAAGAGGAAGUAUCCAGCUGUUUAUCCAACCUGGGACACUCUGCCACUGGACUAGAGCAUGUCUACCAGUUCCUCUCUGCGCCUGGUCGAAAUCUGAAUAAUGUUUCCAUCCUAUGCAAUUACGUCCACCUUCAAAAGCUAGAACUUCCUUACAACAAAAUAAAAGAUUUAUCCUGUGUAAGCCACAUGCCGUAUCUCAUCAUCCUGGAUGCCUCCCACAACCAACUCACCGACUUCUUUGGAUUCCAGCCGCCCAAGAACCUCAAGGAGGUUAACUUUUCCCAUAACCAGAUGUCAGUGAUGACACAUUUGUCAGCCUAUUCGUCUUUGAGUAAACUGAAUCUGGACUACAACUGUUUCAGUGAGAUCGGUGGUCUGCUGCAUUGUGCCAGCCUCACACACCUCAGCCUGGCACACAACAAGAUCUCCUGUAUCAGUGGCCUGGACAAGCUGCCAAUCAAAGACCUCUGUCUGAGGGGGAAUCAGAUUGAGAAGAUAGAGAAUGUGGAGACUCUGAGAACCCUGCAGGUCCUGGAUCUGUCUCUGAACCGGAUCACCAGUCUGUCAGGCCUGCAGAAUCUCCAUCUGCUGGGCUCCAUCAACCUGGAGAGUAACCUGAUCAGUGAAAUCAAGGAGGCCACACACAUCCAUGACCUGUGCCUGCUCCGGGAGCUGAAUCUGCAGAGAAACCCAGUCCAGGAGCAACUGGACUAUAGACUUGCAGUGAUCUUCCUCCUUCAACACCUGACUGGCCUGGACCAGGAGAAAGUGACAGUAGAGGAGAAGGUGUCUGCUGUGAACAAGUACGACCCUCCUCUGGAGGUGGUGGCAGCCAGGGAGCACAUGAGUCACAUGGUAUACCAGCUGAUGCAGCCCCAGGUCAUCUACGAUAGCACCCUGCCCAGUCUGGACUCUCCCUACCCCAUGCUGGUGUUGACUGGGCCCCAGGCUUGUGGGAAGAGAGAGCUGGCCCACAAGCUCUGCCGAGAGUUCAACGACUUUUUCGCCUACGGAACCUGCCAUACCACCAGGGGUCCCUACUUUGGGGAAGAGGACGGGAGCGACUACCAUUUUGUCACGGAGGAAGACUUUCAGAACAUGAUUCACAUGGGUAAAUUCCUCCAGACGAUGCAGUAUGCGGGCCACUGGUAUGGUCUGUCUCGUGAGGCCAUAGAAGACGUGGCCAGGGAAGGUCUGGCCUGCUGUGUGCACAUGGAGCUGGAGGGCGUGUUCAGUCUGAAGAACAGCCACUUUGAGCCGCGUUACAUCCUGAUGAUCCCCACAGACAAGGAGCAGUACGGCAGGCAGCUGAGGACCAGAGCCCUGUACACCCGGACCCAGAUAGAUACGGCUGUAGCCCGCGUGGAUACAUACGCCCUGAUCAACAGAGAACGCCCAGGCUUCUUCGACAACGUCAUCCCCUGUGUGUGUGUGUGUUCAGAUGAGCCAGUGGAGGCAUACAGAACCCUGAGGCAGGUGGUGAAGGACUAUCUGGGAGUGGAGGAGCAGGGAGGAGAGGACCAGAGCACCACAGACAACCCAGACAACACCUCCACAGAGUUGAAGAGGGACUCCUUAGUGGACGAGGCGCCCCCAGCCCCCUCCACCAGGCCAGAGACAGUCUUUAAGUCCCGCUCCGCUCCAGACAUGGACCCCUCGGACCACAACUGUAGGAAGUACUACAACAAGGUCCAGGCCCAGCUCACCCCACAGAAGACUUCAGCAGAGCUGGCCUCCAUCCACAGACGGCAGCAGCUGGUCAGAGAGGCUCUGAUGGGGAAGAGUCCCAGAGCCUACACCCAGCUCUUCAAGAGGUGUGUUCACACAGCUCCAUCAUCAUUGGCCUCUCAGACGCAGCGGGACCCCGCCCUCUCAUCCCCCAUGAUGCCUAGAGCCAGCCAUGAUGGACAACACAACCACUCAGAGAAUAACAGCUCUGAUGACUCCCGUGCUAGUUCUGGCCUGUCCAUUCCCAGCUCAGCAGGGGCCUUCUCAGAGACAGCAGGGCCAGCCAGGUGUUCAGACCUGGGCUUGGACACAACCGUGGAGCCCCUGGAUGUCUCCUCUCUGGGACACAACCUGGACAUGCUGAAAGAUCAAGUAGAAUCUGGCCACACUCCUGAUGCCCCUCGCCACGGCUCCGAGCUUCUCUCUCCGGGCGCCACCACGGCACGCCCAGGCUCCAACGCCAAACCCAUCCUGCCACCUAUCCUGUCCGGACGCAAGACCCCCGGACCCAGCCCUAGCCCCAAACCCUGAGACAGGAGAGAGAGGGAGAGGGAGAUGAGGAGUGAAGAGGUACAGGAGACAGGGAGAGGAGGAGGAGGAGGAGUGUAGAGGUACAGGAGAGAUGGAGAGGAGGAGGUGUGAAGUGGUACGGGAG